AUGAGACGGACGUCACGGACCUCAGCCUUGCGCCAAGCUCCCCCUCACCUUGCUGUCCCCGUACACCAAGGUAGCACAGGCCUCAGCGUCAGCAUCGGUCCAUCAGCGGCAAGCUCAAAGCUCCGUCGUCUCCCGGUCGCGUGUCCCACGGGUGCCGCUUCUGUCAUCUUCCCUGUCGGCGCCAAACAUUUUGGACUGAUUACGUUCAACAACCUUACCAGAAAAGACUCCGUACCGUCACGGAAACCUUGCAACGUCUUUCUCCAAAGACUCCACGGUCAGGGGCCGCACUGUUGCAAAACUCCCACGACACCCAACCACGCGAUUCCCUUCGAUCCAAUCGAUUCCCCAUCCGCGGGCCGCCGAGGCAUGCUGGUUAAUUAG